AUGAAGGGCCCCAACGCUGCUGUUCUUCUCCUCACCUGCCUUUCCGGCAGUGCUUUCGCCGCUCCCGCUGGCGUAUCCACUGGCGUCGAUGCUCUCAACGAUGCUGUGUCUUUCAAGACCACCAUGCAAGAGAGAAAUGCGCCUCCUGCCAAGUUCAUGAAUGAGAUGGAGGCUAGGGACGCCGCCAGUGAGCAGGAUGUUAAGGCUCUGCGAAAGAUGCUUGCCGAGCACGCCGAUCUCGUCCCUGUUCUCGAGAAGUUUCCUGUUGUUGGCUCCAUCAUUGCCCAGGUCGUUCGUGGUGGCGUCAUGAAGAGGGAUGAUAUCACAGUCAACGUCAGCGAUGAUCAGAUCAAGGCCCUCCAGAAGAUGGUAACUGAAAUUCCCAUCGUCGGUGGCCUGCUCAAAAAUAUUCCCAUCAUUGGACCUCUCAUAGAUGGCUUGCUUGGAGGUGUUCUCGGAGGUGGAAAGGGUGGUGUUGCCGGCAUCAACUUGGGGGACCUCACUGGUGCUCUCAGCGGCGUUACUGGUGGACUCGGUGGUCUCACUGGUGACCUUACAAAGCUACUUCCCAAACGCGAGGAGUCUGCUGAGCAGGAUGAGGCUUUGUACAUCCCCCUCAUCACCAGUUUGCUGGACAAAAUUCCCAUUGCCGGCCCUGUUGCCAACGGAAUUAUUGACGCCACCGAUGGUCUCACUGGUGGUCUCCUCAGCGGAGUUCUCAACCCUGCCAUCGACAUCGCCAACGGAGCCACUGGUGGCCUUGUCAGUGAUAUCGCUGACACCGCCGGAAAUGUUGUUGGUGGUGCCACUGGCGGUAUCCUCAAGCGUGCAGAGGUCACUAUCACUGAACAGGAUGCCGAGAUCCUCAGAAAGUACGCUGAGACCAUCCCCAUCCUCUCAAGCCUGCCUGUCAUUGGCGAUCUUCUUCGGUCUUUGGGUCUCUAA